AUGGACGACGACGGUGAUGAUAAGGAUGAUACAAAAAGGACUCGCAACUUGAGUGAGAAGAAGCGGAGAGACCAAUUCAAUAUGCUGGUUAAUGAGCUCAGUGCUAUGGUCUCGACAAACAACAGGAAGAUGGAUAAAUCAACAGUCCUCAAGUCUACUAUAUCAUUUUUGAAGAACCAUAAUGAAAUAACUGUUCGAUCAAGAGCUCACGAUGUUCAAGAAGAUUGGAAACCAGCAUUCUUGUCAAAUGAAGAGUUUACAUAUUUAGUAUUGGAGGCAUUGGAGGGCUUUGUAAUGGUUUUCUCAGCUACUGGUCAAAUCUACUAUGUAUCUGAAAGCAUCACAUCAUUACUGGGCCACAACCCAGCUGAUGUCGUGAACAAAAGCAUAUUUGAUCUGGCUUGUGAAGAUGAUCGGCCCAGCUUGUACAAUCUGUUACAAAAUCCUGGAAGUGCAACUGACCCAAUGCAUGCUGUUGGUAAAGAAAACGAAAUCCGCUUCCAGUGUCAUCUAAAAAGAGGAUCUUUGGAUUUUAGAGAUGAAACCACUUACGAACUUAUACAAUUCAAUGGUCACUUCCGAACAAAUAUGGAGCCACUCGAUAGUGAUGAUAUGCCGAGUUACAAUCCGGACCAUGAGUCAAGGUUACUCUUCGUUUGCACGGGCCGGUUGUACACUCCUCAACUGAUCCGUGAUGUGUCUCUGGUAGACUCCAGUCGCAGCGAGUUUACUUCGCGACACAGUCUUGAAUGGAAAUUCCUGUUUCUGGACCACCGUGCACCGCCUAUUAUUGGAUAUUUACCAUUCGAAGUACUUGGCACCUCGGGCUACGAUUAUUAUCACUUUGAUGACUUAGAAAAAGUAGUAACAUGUCAUGAAGCUUUGAUGCAAAAAGGUGAAUUAACGUCAUGCUACUACCGGUUCUUAACGAAAGGGCAGCAGUGGAUUUGGCUUCAAACUCGCUUUUAUAUCACGUAUCACCAAUGGAACUCAAAACCAGAGUUUGUAGUUUGCACUCAUCGUGUCGUAAGUUACGCGGAUAUUGCGAAGAGCAUGAAACAAGAGGGUGCGGAAGCUGAUACAGUGAGUGAGGCUGAAGUGAACCGAGGAGUGAUGAAGGAAGCACCGUCUGAUGACGCCAUGGUUUCCAUGUCACCAUCAUACAUGUCCGAAGCGAGCGAUGCCUUUGGUACCUCCUCCUACCAACCCUUGUCUCAAGUCAGUCCGGCCUCGGUUAAGUCGGCAUCGGCUGGCAGCACGACUGGAACUGUUGCUACCGCUGGUACAGCAGCGACCGCGGGCGCGUCGUGGACCCGGGCUUCUCAUGUCCACUUCACUGGCUCGGACACAGGAUCCUUGUCCGGCGAGUCCCGCUCGUCGCAAAGAAAUUCCAUGCGCGAGAACUAUACAUUCCUGCAGACACAUAAGAGCACGGAAGCAGCCCCGGCUCCACAGCAUGGCAUAGGUGCGCAGUACUUAGACCCCGCGCCGUACGUGAGCGCGGUGGGAGUGCCCGGGGUGCUGCCGCUGUCCAUUCCACCGCUACCAGUCAUCGUGUCUCCCGACCAAGCGCAGAUGCAGGAGCAGUUGCAACGAAAACACGAGGAGUUGCAGCAAAUGAUAGUCAGGCAACAGGAAGAGCUGCGGCAGGUAAAGGAACAAUUGUUGCUGGCCAGGCUUGGGAUCCUUCAGCCCCUUAUAAACGUCCAAGGCCCAUACGUGAACCCAGAAGACAUGCAACAGAACCAGCGUUUACCGGCACAAAUAGUUUACGAGGCAGGCACGCCGCGGGCGGCCAUCACCGGCUACCCGCAGCAGCACCCCCCGCAUGCCGGCGGACACCACCCACACAUGCCGCAGUGA